AUGGUCACAUAUGCUGUCCUUGACGCCACUGGGAACUGCGGCACCGCGCUCAUCGAUAAUCUGCUGCGUAAGAGAGACGACAAGAUCAACGCAUACUGCCGCAACAAGACCAAGCUCAUCCAAAAGGUCCCCGAGAUAGCCAACAACAAACGCGUACGCGUAUUUGAAGGGAGCAUCUAUGAUAUCGAUCUCCUGUCGGUAUGCAUCUGCAACACUCCAGCCAUCUUCCACGUGGUGACCACCAAUGAUAACAUCCCCGGCUGCCAUGUCGGCCUGGACACGGCAAAGAGCAUAAUCGUCGCACUGGAGAAACUCAAGAUUGCCUCGCAGCUGACAGAUCCGCUGCCAAGAAUUCUCUUCCUUUCGUGCGGCACGAUCGACGACCAUCUUAGCCUAACCCUGCCGUGGUGGUUCAGACCAAUCCUCCGCACUGCGGCCUCGCAUGUCUACGAGGACCUGCGCAGGACGGAGGCCUACCAAGAAUUCAGCCAUACAAAAGCUAAUAUUAUUUGUUUGGUUACUAAAAGCUUCAGAACGUCGUGGACAUGA